AUGGAAUACAUGAAGGAACUGAUAGAAAAAGGAACUCAAACUGACGUUAUUCAUGUCAAAGACUUGGAAUACAAUGAUAACAUUCUCGAAGAUGAUGAACUUAUUGAGAAAAUUCAAGAUUUAGAAGCAACAUUUGAUUUUAACAAGGAACUGAUGAAACAAGUGAAUUCUGGUCUKGGAACCUUGAGCAAAAUUAAAACASAUCACAAGAUGAGCACCGCUGAAGUUGAAGGURAACUUGAAGCACUAGAGAUAUGUAAGCUGAUCAUAUCGACGAAAAGCAAAACUGGAARAMYCACUSRUYAUMUAASWGAUGUUAUUGAUGUUAAAAUCAGCCCUGRARARAAUGUGGAAAUAAAAGAAAACUAURYRAGRAMUGAUGGUAAASUAGAAGUGGAGUUCAURCCUAAAGUAGUUGGUCAACUGACAGCAGAGGUUCAAGUGAAUGGGAACCAUGUAUCUAACAGUCCACUUAGGAUUGACAUAACCAAAGAGUUUAAGAUGAAAGGUAUAGAGACAAAAUCUUCAGAUUUUAUAGGAAUAGCUGUAAAUAAAGAAAACACUAGGAUCGCUGUUGCAGAUCAGUCUUCACACUGUGUUCAUGUAUUCAACACUAAUGGAGAUCGCUUACUGACCUAUACAAGCCUUCGUUCCCCUCAAGGUAUUUCAUUUCUGAAUGAAACAGAUUUAGUUAUAGCAGAUUACAAUAAUCAUAGAAUAUGUAUAGUGAACACUACAACAGGGGCAUUGAUAAAGACCUUUGGUAGGAAAGGAAAAGGAAAUGGUCAAUUUCUUUAUCCGCAAGGAGUACACGUUGAUGUCGAUGGGAACAUCAUUGUUUGUGAUCUUGGUAAUCAUCGUGUUCAAGUCUUCACAAGAGACGGUGACUAUCAAUAUCACUUUGGUUUGUACGACUCAACGUUUGAGAAGGACAAUUKUGGCCCUGUGAGUGCUGUAACAUACGAUGGACGUUUUUACGUCAGUGACUAUACGAAAAAUGUAAUCUUUGUAUUUGGGAAGGUGUAUGGCGUAUUGACUAGAAUAUCGACAAUUGGUGGUAAAGGCAGUGCUGAUGGUCAGCUGAGUAAACCAUGGGGCCUGGCUAUUGAUAAUGACCAUCAUCUACUGGUCUGUGAUCGUGGUAAUAACCGCAUCCAAAAGUUCACGUUAUAUGGUCGUUUGGUUGGCAAGASUUGUAGAUGCACUUCACCCAAGUAUCUUACGGUUUUAAACGAUGGCUUGUUACUAGUUACUUCAAACAAGAGGAAAGUGAUGUAUGCUGACUGUAAAUGUCUUGUUGACCGUCGUAGCGACAUGCAGAAGAUGAACAGCGUUGAAGUUGAAGGUGAACUUGAAGCACUAAAGAAAACAAAGCUGGUCGUGUUCACGAAUGCUCCAAUACUCGAUGAAAAUCAUAGCAAUAUUGAUGUGAAAAUUGUSCCUAAAGAGAAUGUGAACAUAGAAAAAACAAAUACAAAAAUUGAURGUAAAAUAGAAGUGGAGUUCACGCCUAAAGUAGCUGGUCAACUGACAGCAGAGGUUCAAGUGAAUGGGAAUCGUGUAUCUAACAGUCCACUAGUGAUGAAUGUCAAGCCACAGAACUUUAGAAUUACCAGAGAGUUUAAGAUAAAAGGUAUAAAGCCAGGGGGUUUAUCCCUAAAAGGCAUAGCAGUGAGYAAAGAUAAUAGUAGAAUCGCUGUCGCAGAUGACUGCUCUCACACUGUACAUGUAUUCAACGUCAGUGGAGAUCUCUUAUUCAAAUACAUCAAGUUCUACCGUCCCCAGGGUUUGACCUUCUUAAAUCGAACAGACCUAGUCAUAGCAGAUAACAAUAAUYAUAGAAUAGCUAUAGCGAACUCUACAACAGGGAAAAUAUUAACAACCUUUGGUAGCCUAGGCAACGGUGAUGGAGAGUUACGUCAUCCACACGGAGUACACGUUGAUGACGAUGGUAACAUCAUUGUGUGUGAUUAUGGUAAUCAUCGUGUUCAAGUCUUCACAASAGACGGUGACUAUCAAUAUCWGUUUGGWUUAUCGRAGCCAUACAKCUUUUAUCCAGUUAGCGCGGUAACACAUGAUGGACGGUUUUACGUCAGUGAUUCGGUUAACUGCGUUAUUCAUGUGUUCGAGAGCAAUGGUAAAGUACCGACUAGAAUAUUGACGAUUGGUGAAAAGGGCAAUGGUGAUGCCCAGCUCACAAGAGUAUGGGGCAUUGCUAUUGAUAAUGACCAUCAUCUACUSGUCUGUGAUCGUGGUAAUAACCRCAUYCAAAAGUUCACACUGGAUGGUCGKUUGGUUGSCAARACAAGUUACAGCGAUGAACUUAAAGAACCAGUCUAUGUAAUAGUUCUUGAAGAUGGUCAGUACUUGGUUACUUGCUAUCACGGUGGCGUCUUUUACAUAGAGGUUUCUUGAGUUUCUAACGGUCCAUACACCGAAUCGAAUUAUGGCGACCAAUUGGAAUAAGCCACUGACUAGCGAGUGAUUUACCUCUCAUACAUGUGAAAACACGAGGCUAGUCAGUCGCUAGUCAGUGCAGAACAAUAGUUAUUCCAAUUGGUCGCCAUAUUUCGAUUCGGUGUAUACGACUUCAUUUAUUUUCUACGAACCUGCCGAAACCGUCCAACAAGAAAGGACAUCGUAAAAAUAACGAGGAGACGGUAUCAUCACAUCACAUCAUGUYAUAGUAUUGAAAAAAGACCUUUUUGGGUUGGACUUAUGGUUUGCUCAUUUCAGACCAAGUGCCAUUACCUUGAGUAUUAUUCCU